GAAAGCAUGCGGGAUGCCGUAGCGUAGGUCGUAUAACAUAGUUUAUUUAGUUUACCGUUAAUUUUACCCAAUAUCUAAUACUUUUAUCAAUGCAGUUUAAAAAGAGCAAAAAAAAUUACCAUGCGGAUUACGCGCAUGCGGAUUCAGACUGAUUUGUACUGAGAAUCUGAGAUUUGAGGAAGCGUUUUGAGGAGCAGCAGGAAUAUACACUGCAUCGCUUUUUCUUCUUGCGCAAAGUAGCUAAAAACUAAAGAAAGAUGCAAGUGGAAAGUAACAAAAGACUUAAGGACGUGGCAACGACAAUCAGAUCAUGUCUGAUAACACGACAGGAAGAGGUAACUAUCCCUAUGCUGGAACGUGACUAUGAAGACAUGGAAGGUGAAAGAAUUCCUUUCAGAGAGUUCAAUUGUCCAUCCGUAUUGAACUUUUUGCGCCAGCUGGGAGACACCGUAUGGACUGAGACGAAAAACGGAAAAACGAUCAUCCACCCGGUCGAAUCACAAAAAACUCGUCAUGUGAGUUCGCUCGUCCAGAAUCAGAGGAAGCCCCGUGCCAGAGAUCGAGUGCGAAAAUCGCGGAGACCUUACCGCGGAUUCCAGGGUGGCAAAACUAGGGUCUCUAUGGAUUCCAGACUUCUGAUGAACCUCGUCAAUCAAGUCAAUAAAGAUCGGAGUGGUAUAAGCAUCAGAGCAGCUAUUGACUACGUGAAUAGAUUUUCUCAUCCGGUGCAAAUAACUCGGAAGGAACUAGAAUGUCAACUAAAAGAAGUAUCUCACGAAGUUCUUAUCUGGGGUGAUCAUUUGUAUCCAACGAAUCGAGUCGCACCCUCAUCUCAGAGGAAUUCUAGUAACAAUUCUUCGCGAUUAACACAAUCAAGUCCAUUAUCGAGAAAUGAUCGGUCGCGGAGUUUGAAUCAUCGAUCAGAAAAUAGGCCAGAACGUAGAUCCUAUGUUGAGCCGGUGCAAAAAUUGAAAGAGGAAAAGAAGCACCAAGUGUCCCCAGUUAAGAAAACCUCUGAAGGGAAUCGUAAAGUUGGUUUGAGGGAUGAAGUUAUGUUUCAUCCUGCUGGAUUUACAGCUUUCGAAAAUGAUAAUAAUGCACUAACAGUUGAGAAAAGAGUUUCUUUUGCCACAAAUACUGGACAGGGUUUACAGAAUGGCUACAGAGAUCAACAGAAUUACAGGGACCAAGAAAAUUCGAGUCGAGGGAACACUCAUGAUUACCCAAGUCAGAGGUCUUCUACGCAACCUCAAAAUUCUGAAGCUUCUGCUCAAUAUUCUAGCAACUCGUGCAAAAAUGGACAAGAUUCUUCGCCUAGAAAUGAGGAAGAUUCUUCACGAUUAAGAUCAUCAAGUCCAUCAUUCAGGAAUAAUCGAUCACGGAGUUUGAACUAUCGAUCAGAAAAUAGGCCAGAGCGUAGAUCCUAUGAUGAGUCCGUGCAAAAGUUGAAUGAAGAAAAGAAACGUCAGGCACCAGCUAGAAAAAAAUCUGAAGAGGAUAGUAAAGCUGAUGUGAGAGAUGAAGUUAUGUUUCGUCCUGCUGGAUUUACAGCUUUCGGAGAAGAUAAGAGUGCAUCAACAAUUGAAAAAAGAGUUUCUCGUCCUAGAAGUAAUGGCCAGGGUUUACAGAAUGGUUACAGAGAUCAGCAAAGACGAGAUUCUUCUCCAAACAAGAAAAGUCUUGGCCACAAUGUUCAGAGUUCACCUAUAAAUCAAGAAGAUUCUUCAAGUUUUAAUUCCUCGGAAUAUAAUUCUUCGAAAUAUAAUGAAAGUUCACACAGGGACGAAGAACGGAACGCAAACUUUGACAAAGAAUCUGAAAACAAGGAUUAUGACGACGAAAAUUCCUUUGAAGAUGACCUCGAGGAAGAUUUGAGUCGUAGGAUCAAGAUAAGCACCAGGAUUCGACUAACUAGACUCAUUCAGCAAUAUCCGGAAGGAAUCUGGUGUGCUGAGCUACCAAAAACGUACCUCCACGAGUACAACAUUCCCCUGAUUUAUGCAGAAUUAGGAUUCGCGACUGUCCGGGACUUUGCUUCUCAUCUUCCAAACAUUUUCCACUGCAUUAAACCCUUUGAUGCGGGAGACUACAAGUUAUUCAGUGCUGAUAGACCUCCACCGGAUCUUUGCAAUGAGGAACGGCGCGAGAUUGAGAACAUUGAUGAGUUAAAGAAAAUUUACAGAGUAGCAGCUCUGCCAGAAGAAUCAGAUCCUAAACUGUUGUUGCCGCAAGGAGCGAUGGAAAUUAAAGAAUCCAUCAGGCCCAUCAGUGUUGCUGAACUCGGCGGUGAAGAAGGCAUUGAGGAGAUUGAAGUUUUGAACGUGUUCUCACCGUCUUUCUUCUGGGUACAGCUGCGGAGGAAUUUUUCGAAAUUCAAAAAACUGACGGAAGAUUUAAACAUUUUUUAUGAGAAGAACCAGAUGAAGUAUCAGAUUCCGAAUUUUUUCUUGGAAAGGGGAUUAAACGUCGCUUGUGUCCAUUCGAAGAAAUGGCAGAGGGGGAUCAUUAAAUCAGUUUCUCCUGAGAGACGAGUGACUGUUCAGUUUUAUGAUAACGGAUUAGAAAAAUCCUACGCACCAGACGAGAUCUUUUUUCUGCAUCGGAUGUUUUCGUAUUUACCAGCUCAGGCGAUUCCUUGCGGAUUGUUUAAUGUGAAACCAUUCCAAACAGCGAAGUGGAGUAAAAAUGUCAUCUGGGAAUUCACAACCAAAACUUCGAUUCCUCUUAUUGCGACAAUAGGAUCUCUUGAUCUUGAAGAAAAUUCGAUGCUUGUUUCCUUGACUGAUACGAGAGGAGAUGAUGAUUUUCACAUUAGCGAUUGGAUGUAUGAACAGAAAUUUGGAGAAGAAGGACAACUGGUUUGUAGGAAACGAAACUUUGCUUUUUGGUAUUAUAAGGAGUCCUUGGAAAGAAAGGGUUAUGAUUCAUCCGCUAUUCAUCAGAUUCGUCCCAUCUACUUCAAAUCAAAGGGGGGCGCAGAAAAUCUGGAAACUGAAGAGGUGGAAUACAAACCUGUGGAAAUUAAAUCUGUGGAAACUAAAACUGUGGAAAUUAAAGCUACAGAUAGUGAAUCUGCGGAAUCUCAAUCCGAAGAAUCAAGACCGGCUUCUCUCAGAUUGAAAAGAAUCCAGGCUUCGCUUGCGAAAUAUCUAGCGAAACAGGAAGCAGAAAAAUUUGAAAGCGACAAACCUCAAACGGAAAUAUCUAGGUCAGAAUAUAAAGAACCUUCCAGAAACUUUGAAGUAGCUCCCUCGAUCGAAUCGGAAUCAAACAUCCAAAUUCUCAAAGAUUUCCUCAUAAAGGAGAGUUCUAGUUCUAAAGAUCGUUCUCCACCGUUUUUUAACCGUUCCCGGAAGCUAGCCCUUUUUGAGAAAUACAAUUCGAGUAAUCAGAAUGAUGAUUCUUUAAAGAAACUUGAUACUUCUCUGACCACUAAUAGUUCGAGCAGGGAGUCGAUUUCGAUACGUUCUCCGCUGAUACUUCAAGAAAUAAGACCUUCUGGAGAGAGAAGAGAAGAUUCUUUUUUUGGAAGUAUUAAGAGCGAGUGCGGAGGCAAUGGAAGAAUGGAGCCAAUCAACUGGACCGAAGUUCGAUCAGCUUUAGAGCCAAAAAACGACCAAUUUUUCGAGAAAUCUAAAGUGAAUUUAAAGCCUAAACCGAUCUUGUCAAUGAUUCCUAAAACAAAAGUUCCUCUUGUCAGCGCAUGUCUUUUGAAUUUCGUCGAGAACGAUUUGAACUCAGCCUUAUAUGAUGAAAAUGUUGGCUGGGUACCAGCGGAUAACUUUUCUUCUUCUGUAAGCAACAAUUCGCCACUAUUGAAAUUGAAACAGAAAAUUCACAACAACAGUUACAAGCAAUCAGAUAUUUCGAUAUCUCCGAAAGUAAUUGGAAUUAUAAAUGGCAAAUCGCAAGAUUCGGAAGAUGAUGAAAUUGAGGAACCAAUCGAAAACGAGGUGAAAGUCCAGAAGCAGAAAGUCGUAUGUGAAGAGAAAAAAGUUAGCAAAAUAGAAGUGGAAGAAUCAGCACAGAAAGUACAACUGCCACCCAGAAUUAUGAGAUUGUUAGAAAUGCAAAAUAAAGUUUUGAAGUCAAGCAUCUAGAAUAUCUCGAAGAUAUAUUUAUUUACGUUUUUUAAAUUAUUAUUAAAUAACGUUUUUUUUUUAAAUAUAAUUAUUUUUUACGAGAAAAAAUGAAUAUUUUAUUCCAUAAAAGUUAAGGACUGUUAAGUACAAUUUUCAUAUAGCAAAUAAUCCCUUUGAGGGCGAUAAAUAAUGAAAUUGUUUAUGGAUUAAGAAUGAUAUUUUUUAACAAACUAAGUUUCGUAGAAUUCAUACAUGGUAUUAUAUUGGGUAAUUAAAAAUAUUGUUUCGUUUAUAUUAAAAAAUUGGCCUUUUCGUAUUGGCCAAAUUUUACAGCAUUUUAAUUUGUGAGUUCAACAAAAACAUUGGAAGCCGAAGUUAUAUUUUCUUUUAGGGUGGUCACAGAUCAGGGAAAAGUCGCGAUAUUUUGAAAUUGGAGUUUUACGGUCACCUCGUUUUUAAAAUAAAUCAACAAACCUUUUUUAUUCUGAUUUGAGCUCAGCAGAAUUGAAACUCUUAUGAUAUAUAUCAUAAAAAUGAAAGUAGUCUUGCAUCUUAAAUAACAUAAAAGUUAAUGUACGAAAGUGAUGAUAUUUUAUGUGAGUACACUUUGUAUUUAAAAGAAGUAAGUAUAAGAUGUUUAAGAAUAAAGCUUUGUAUUAAAAACUAA